AUGACGAAGACCAAAGAACCACGACCUAUCAAUUAUACCGAAUUGUUUCUACCGUUGAAAGAUUGGCAGACUUACCAAUCGCCGGCUUACAUUGACUGGCUAGCUACCAGGGACCAGUCUGGAAACACCAAUAGGGCCAAGAUACGAGCAGAGAUAGAGUCAGAAGGGGCACAACUGACUGGUGUCUUGCGAUCUUACUCAAAAUUGGGGAUGCGUUGUCCUCCCAAUCAAAAUCUGCCUAGACCAAGCAGAGAGACCUUUUCCUAUGGUUACACCUGGGUAGCUUGGAGACAAGCUGCAAUGUACGCCGGUGCUCGACUGCCGAUUCAGACUUUGACGGAAAUUCAAGAACUGGUAGAAACCAAUAUGAAUUACGCUGCAACAACUCUGAGAAGAUGGCGUGAUGAUCCUGCCUAUUUUGCAGAUCACUGCAACGAGCUCUGUGUCUUCGGCGCUGGAGAGGAUCCACCAAAUCAGAUUCACGUUUUAGGUAAAGUGAAUGCUUGGCGUCAUGACGAAUUUCUAUCCUGGCGCAACCUGAAUGAGGUUCUGAAGGACCUCAAGCGAAUGGGACUUUCCAACAUCUGUCGCAACGCAUGUCAACAAGUGAAAUCGGAGGGACGGAUCAAAGAUGCUUAUCGAGAUGUGAUGAUUACCCUCACCAUACAUAUCGCCAGGCAGCAGGUUGCCUUCCAAACGGCAUUCGCAUUAGGUAGAGGAUCCGAAUUUACUGUUACUACCAAUGCUUGGGACAGCUUUGCGGGAAGAUUGAAAGGCAUGAUGGAAGGGUUUAGCAACUUCAAGCUCAAUAUGGACUACCAAGACCUCAAAAUGGUUUCUCAUCUCGAUUACAUGCUCGCUGGACUCAGCAAGAUGCCGGGUUUGACAAGUAAGAACGCGGGAAAGCAUUUUUCGCACUUUUUGCUGGAAUACGAGCAAGCUAUCAAAAUGGAUCCUCUGAUAUUAAAUCAGAUCUCGGCUUACACACAACAGACCAUAGGCUCAUUGACGAUGUCCUUUGACAUAUUCGACUCAAUAUUGGCAUUCUUCCACAGCGAGGAUCAUAUACCACCCUCCUCUACCUUUACUGAGAGAUACCAUAGGCUGAUCGACGAGAGCACGAAAUGUUAUACGAUCUUCGAAGAGGCCGAUAUCCCAACUAUUCGCCGGAUCGAAGUGGAAAAACAUAUAACGCCGCAUUUAGUCAAUAAUCUAUGGAAGGAUUACGAUAAUCUCUCGCUCCGACUUUCUCGUCAAACAGUCAGCAAGCUACUUCGAUUGGAGCCGGCUUUAAAAAAACCCAAGCCUCAUUGGGUACGAGAGAUAGUAAUUCGAGAUACCUCUUUUCCCGUGACGGAUAUGCCUCUAUCCACUUCAGGUCACACCUUCCUCAAGACGGAGGCAGUCACAUCAGAAGAUAAGAAGAAGACUCGUGGAUUCGCCAAUGUUACUGACGAGAUCAUUGACGCACAAGUUGCGAUAUCAAGAUUACAAAUCCAACCCGAUCCGUGCGAAAACUCAGUGAGGUUUCAGGUUAAUAACAAGCAGAUGAAGUUGGUAUGCAAGCUCUUCAGUAAAGCUACCGACCAUGAAGGCCAAGGACAAGUCAAGUGGGACGAUAUAUGUAAAUUGAUGAAACGUACUGGUUUCAGAGUUGACGAAGUCGGAGGUUCUAUCGUAAGAUUCGUACCUCCCAAUAACGCCGGUCAACCCUUCCUGGAACAUCGUCCUCAUCCGGGCAACAGUAUCGGUGCGAUCAGGUGUCGAGCAUUCGGGCAAGGCCUGAAGGAGAGAUUAAAUGGCUGGACCGCGGAAUGGUUCCAACGUGUUACGGUGGAUGUUUGA